AUGGGAUCAAGAAAUGGCAAGGGCCCAACACUCGCCUCUCCCAUUCUUCCUCUUGUUCUAUUCUUAUUUUCUCUAAGCUUUUUGUCAUCAACGGCGACAAUCUACCCUGAUAAGUCACCGCAAACAUUAGAAGAUAAGCCACUACUAAUGCAUAAUUACCCGGUGCAUGGCAAGAUUCCACCACCAUCCCCUAAAAAACCUUAUGUCUACGGCUCCCCUCCUCCACCGCCACCAAAAAGGCCUUACAUAUACAAGUCACCUCCUCCGCCUCCACCAAAAAGGCCUUACAUCUACAAGUCUCCUCCGCCACCACCAAAAAAACACAAGUCCCCUCCUCCACCUCCGCCAAAAACACCUUGCACGUCUCCUCCACCACCAAAAGCUCCUUACAUUUACAAGUCCCCUCUUCCACCUCCACCAAAAGAGCCUUACAUGUCUCCUCCGCCAACACCAAAAAGCCAUUACAUCUACAAGUCCCCUCCUCCACCACCGCCAAAAAAACACUACAGCUACAAGUCCCCUCCUCCACCACCAAAAAAACACCAUACCUACAAGUCCCCUCCCCCACCUCCACCAAAAUCGCCUUACAUUUACACGUCUCCUCCACCACCAAAAAUGCCUUACAUUUACAAGUCCCCUCCUCCAUCUCCACCAAAAACACCUUACGUCUACAAGUCUCCACCACCUCCUCCUCACUACUACUAA